AUGUUUAAUUCAUUGAUUAUCAUAAUCAAUGCUUUUAUUUUAACUAUUCUAUUUUGUCCAGUAUGGAUUAAGUGGUUAGCAAGGUUGCAUAAGAAAGUCCUAGCUCUCAAUUAUUCCUACAUACCAUUUACACUUUACAAUAUGGAAUUAAGAUAUUAAUACAAAAAACAUAUAAUAGUUGUUGUAAACAUAGCACGUAUACAAAUUUAAAAAGUUCCCAAUGUAUGGAGAUUCAAUGUCAAUAUCACCGAUCUGAAUUUACGGUUUAUUCCCAAUCAGCCAAUCAAAAUUGGCUUUUAAUUUGAAGAGUAAUUGUAUAUGGAAAGGCUCCAAUCUAAAUUCCUAUCAUAUACACAAUAAAAAAUACAACAUCGUAAAACCAAGCAUAUCCCAUUCCUAUCAUUAUUAUUGGAAUCCUCAGCAAUUAAUUGUCUUUUUCUAACGCUCUCUCGGUUAAAUAUUCAUUUCAAUUAAAUCAAUGCCACCUUACCAAAACUUAAUUCUAAAGAGAAGGAUUUACCAGAAAUGACUUUAAAUCUAGGAUAAACUUCAAUAGCAUUACAUCUUAAUCAAAAUGGUCAUCUAUAGUGGAAACUCAAUAGUGAAGGGGCUAAUAUGGGAUAAUGUUUCACAAUUACUUCAAUUAAUUUAAAUGCUAUCACUAAGCCUGGGUUAUUAAUUGAUCUAUUAGAAGAACACAGUUAUAUUGAUGUUAACAUUUAAGAAGUAAGAUGGUAUUGUAAAAGUGAAUACUUUUAUACAAUGGAUGUUUUAGCCAAUGAAUUUUGGGCAAGACCUGACAUUAAUAAAAUUCUUAAAAGACAAUUUAAUGAAAAAGGAUUCAUGUUUUUAGGAAAACCAAGAGAAAUGAAUCUUAAUUUUGCUUCUUUUAAAAUUGAAUUUAGUAUCUUCAAUGAUUCAGAUAAUGAAAAAAAGAAUUCAUUUAACAUUUUAACUCAAAAGUUCUAUAAAUAUACUCAAAAUAAACUUGUUUUUGAAUGGCAACAAUUAAAAUAUUAUGGAUAAUUUAACAUUGUUGAUACAGAUUAAACUAAAAAAGGAGUGAUCUAAUGCAAAUAAUUUACAAUAAAUACUUUAUAAGAAGAUAUUAGAUUUGAAGAUAUUAAUUGGAAUAUUGAAUCUAUUUCCAGCAAUACGGUUCAUUCUAAUGAUAAUACAAAAAAUUUAAUCAGAUUUGGUGAUCUUAUUAUUAAUUUAUCUCCAUAACUGAUUAAAUUUUUUACUCUUAUUUAGACUGAAUUAGCAUCAGAAUUCAGAGUUGCUUUAAUAGAAAAUUAUGAAUAAAGUAAAUAUUUUAAAAAAUAUAAUCAUAUUGCUAAGGAGAUGUGUUGUGAAUUCUUGCAUAUAGAUUUAAACAGUGCAUUAAGUACUUCAUAUGAUUUUUUAAUUACUAAUAAAUUUUAAAUUAAUUUAAUCUACGAUGGCACAAUUAUUAAUUCAAUCACUAUUAAUAAAUUCCAUUAUAUUUCAAGCGAAGGAGAUGUUAAUGAAUCCUAAAUUUAAUUUAACAACUGCCAUAUUGCUAGUAAUAUUAGUAAAACUGAUGGGUUUAUACAAGAUUUUAAAAUGUAAACAAAUCCUUAAGUGGUCAAUUACACUUUUAAUACAUUUCAUUUAUUGGUUGAAUAAACAAACAUAGAAAAAAUUUUAAGGAUUUAUUAACUAUAAAAAAUUUUUCAAAUAUAGUUAUCCAAAUUUACAUCAUUCAAAUUAACACCUUUAGAAAAAAAAAAAUCUAAAGCCAAAAAACCAAUUAUAAAAGAUAAAGUUUUUAAUUGUUAAGAAGUUAGUCUCAAAUAUUUAUCUGAACCUUUUUUGGCUGAAAUAAAUUUAAAAGAAAUUAAUACUUAGGAUCCCAAUAACAUUGAUUUAAAUUAAUUCUCAAUAAAAUUUUAAAAUUCCUCCUUAUUUGUUAUAGAUUAAAUUUAAACAAAAAAUAGUGAUCAAUAAAUGUAAAUUAAUAUUAAGUCUGCAAAACUCAAUUUUGAAGAAGAAGUUAGAGAUAUUAAUGUGUUUUUAUCUCGCAUUAAAUAAAUGAAUAUUAUUGUGUCUAGGAAAUAGAUUUUUGAUAUUAAUUAAGAGGAAAUUGAUACUUCAUAGUAUAAAAAAAGAAGAUCUUCACAUGAUGGUGUUCUUAAAAAAAUGCCAAAUGAUUUAGAUUAAACUACAAAAUUAAGAUCAAUAUUUAGUAAAAAUACAAAUUUAAAUAUUUAAAGUUUUGAUAUCCUUAUUUAAGAUACAAAAUUAAAUGAUGCAUUGUGUAGAUAUAGAAGAUUUUAAGAAAAGUUUGAAACAAUUAAAAGUAGAUAGAAUGAAAGUAGAGUAUUAGAAGGUUUGAAAACUUAACAAUCAUACCCUUUAUUACAUUUUAAAUUUUAGAAUCUCAAUUUAAAAUUUAAAAAAUAGAAUUUAUCUGUCAAUUAAGUACUCGAUAAGAUUACAAAAUUAGAUUCUCAUCCAACGCAAUUAGAUUAAUCUUUUUUUGAAUAUUUUGAGUUAGCUAAUUGUGAAAUUUAAUUAGAAUAAAUAAAAAUAUGUAUUAGAGAUUAUAAGCUUAAUUUACUUGAUAUAAGAGGUAUAAAAUUAAAUACUUUUUUAUGUAUUUCUAGAUUGAAUACAUAAAAUAUAUAGAUAGGUUUGAGAGUAUUUUAUGAUGUAAGUUUAGAAAUAAAAUAAUUUUAAAUAGCAGCAGGAUUAAAUUUAGUAUUUGCAUUUAGAGAAAUUUCUAAUAGAAUUAAUUAUAUAAUGGGUUAAAGUGCUAAUUAAAUAUAAAAUAAAGUUAUGAUAAAAGAGUAAUUAGCUUUUUGGGAUAGAUUUAGAUUAAAAUUUCAUGGAAAAUUGCACUUUUAAUUAGACCAUUUAAUUUUAUAGAUUACAACAGAUAUUUUACCUUAUUCAAUUGAUUGCAUAAAAUUAUCAUCUAAGUUAAUAAAUAUUGAAUUUUUAAAUUGGACAUUAAAAGGAUAAGCUGACAAGUUGAAAUUAAGUAGAGUACCAAAAAUCUAGAAAGUUCUGUAUAUUCCAAGAAUUCAGAUGGUAACUGAAUUCAAUUGGUUUGCUUAAAAGGAUUAAUAUGAUCAUUAUUUUUAUAUGAGAAAACCAUAUUUUAAUUAGAUAAAUGAUAGCUUAAAUGAUUUUAUAAGUCAAUAAUUACAGAUUGAAGUAAAAGUAGAUUGUAUUUAAUAUGAACAUUAUUAAGAAUCAAAUUUUAGAGAUUAAUAAAAGCAUUGUUUUUUUAUUCAUUACUAAAAUCAAUUUAUGAGAUGGUUAAAGAAUAGACCAAUAUUGAGACAUGAUGUAUUAAGAAUGUUUUCUGUUAAAAUAAAUUAAUUACCAUAAGUAAUGGAUAAUCAUGUAUCUGAAAUGGAUUGGAACAUGUAUGCAGAUUAUAAAACAUUAGUAAAUUAUACUUAUAUAAAAUUAAUGGAAUCAUUAAUGAUUAAAUAAUCAUUAUUUUAACAUACAAAGAAGAUAAGUAUAAGAGUCUAUUCAAAUAAAUUUAGAAUGUUUUUUACAAAUUCAGAAAAACCAGUAUCACAUAGUGAAACAUUUUUAAAGCAUAAAGAUGUUCCAUUUAUAGGAUUUUAAACAUUAUUUUAAUCAUUAAAAGUUAAUAUUUAAUUAGAACCAAAUCGAAUAGAUUAAGAAUGGAGAUUUGAAGUUUAAUCAAUAGCAGCAAAAUGUGAUUAAUUAGUAUCUUCAAUGUUUGAUGGAAAAUAGAUGUUAGAUAUGGAAUAACCUGAACCUUUGAGUCAAUAAGAAUAAUUUGUAAAUUUCUUUGAUAUUCAACCAGUAGAUUAUUAUUAAAGUGAAUUAAAUUAAUCAUAAAAUUUGUAAAACAUGACUUUUCAUGAACUAAAGAAAUUAAAGAAAUUCCUUAAAUAACCUUUCAUUAUAAAUACAACACUUACUCCAUAAUAUCAUUUAUUUAAUUUAUAAACAGAUUAAUCGUAUUUGGAAGAUUCAAUUGAAGAUGUUAAAAUAAGAGGAAGAGCAUCAGGUGUUUAAAUUAAACCAUAAGUUAAAAAUGAAUUUGGUGCCUUUGAUAUUUUCUUGAUAGCUAAAUAAUUAGAAUAUAAAUAAAAUUAAAAAAUAUAAUUAUAGGAUGAAGAUGAUGAAAGCAAUACAAUAACAACUUAGAAAAUAAUAAAAAAUUUUAUUUCUGCUUUAAAUAGUUAAUUACUAUUUACAUUUUAUUUAUAAGAAAUUUGGGGUAAUGUUUUUGAGAGUCUUGAAAUUCCGUAAAAUAAGGAGACAAAAUAAAACUUUGAUAUGUAAUUUGAUUAAACAAAGCCUAAAGCAUAUAGUAGAGAAGAAUUAAUAUUAAUGGUUUCUUUAGUUAAUCCUUAAUUUAAUUUCUAAUAUCACAAUGCUAAUUGUUAAAUGAUCUUAACAUCUCCAAAAGAUUGUUAAAUUAUAAUGUCAGAAUAUAUUCUUCCAUUUGAUAAUUAAGAAAUCGAUAAAAAGUCAGUUACUAAAUUAAUAUUUAAUGGAUUAGAUUGUUAAGUUUUAUAAAAACAUUUAGAUGCUAAAUAAACUGUAAGAUUUUUAAGUCAAGAUUAUGAAAAAAUUAUUAAAUGUGAUUAUGCUCUUUUUUAGAUUUAAAAUUAUUAAUUAAGAGAAAAUCCAAGGGAUUUUACAGAAAUCUUUUCAUUUAAUAAUAAGAAACAUAAUCCUAAUUAUUGGAAUUAGGAAUUAAGAAGACCUAUAGUAUAAGUAAAAGUUGGAUAAUUAAAUGCAACUAUGAAAAAAUAUUAAUUAGAUUAAUUCUUAGAUAUGUUAACUUUCAUGGAAAUGGCAGUUACAACAAAAAAUGAAUUUGAAAAUAAGGAGAGAUUUUUUAGAAACAAAUUAAAAGAAUUAAAUUAAUAUGGUAGUAAAUAAAUUGAUCAACUGAUUAAAAAGAAGAUCUCAGAAAAUCUUGAACAUUAUGGUUCAGAAAAAUCAAAACUAGAUUAUGCAAUUAAAGAAAGUAGUCUAUCUUUAUUAGAUGAAUCAGAAGUUAGCUUUAUAUUAUUCAAUAUUAGAUAAAUUAGAAUAAUAGAGACAGUUUUUGAAAAUGAUAGUCACAAAAUAGAUAUUCUUCUUUAGGAUAUGGAUGCAAUUAACAAAAUAGAAUAGGAUUCUGAUUAUAAGAUGGUAUUAAGUUAGGAAUUAAAAGAAUCUAAAUAACAACCAUUUUUCAGAAUGAUUAAAAGGUUUUACCCACUUUAAAUCUACUAAUAAAAAUGGUUUGUAAUAGAUUAACAUGAUAUAAAAAUGAAUCCUUUGACAAUUAUUUUAACGGAUGAAUUAUAUGAUUAAUUUUAUAACUAUUUCUUUGGUGAUGAAGUUGCUUAAAGAAAUAAUCGAUUGAGUAUAGAAAAGAAAGAAUAAAUGAAAUGUAUUUUUAUUAUUAUUAUUAUUUAUUAGCUGCAAUGGAAAAUAUAUCUAAAUAAAUACCAGAUUAUUUCCAUUCAUUAUAAGUUAGUGAACUCAAAUUAGUUGCCACCUUCAAACAUCCAUCCAAAAUUAAGAGAUUUAAAGAUGUUACUAUUCAAUUAGAACCAUAUAAAUCUCCUAAAUAGUUCACUACUACAAAAGAAGUAAAUAAUUUAUCAUAUUGUUAGCAAUUUGAUGAAUUUGCAGCUUUUGUUCUAAAACAAAUUUCCACAUAGAUAUUCUCAAUUAUAGGAUAAAAGCUCUUUGGAUGA